AUGGCUCGAGCAAGACUAUUUAAUAAAUUAAUUCGUUCUGAAUCAGUAAAUUCUGAUGAUACUCUAAUUGCAGAAAUAAGAUCUGUUACAUUUAAUAUAUUAGCUGAAACCAUUCUAUUAGGUCCACCAGUAAAGAUUACUCUUCGAGAUACCGUUAAUGGAUCUGGAAUAAGUGGAG